GACACCAUUUUAGCAGCUAAGAGUUCGGCGCGGCGAGGCGAACACGGUCCGGAUCAGUGGCCCCGGGUGUGUUUCCAACGAGCAGAGCAGGAUUUUUCUUUCUACGGAGCGAAGCGUUGGAAUUAACGGCCGAGCUGAUUCUAUAAAUGUCGGAUUUCAUUAUUUGUCGGCCUACCGAGAAGUGGCGGCGGCGGCGGGGGCGAGAGGGACGGCGCGGCGGGAGACGAGCCGAGACCGGGUCCGCUAGGAGGGAGCACACACCGAAUACUUUCCCUUUAAAGCGGAGAGGGACAGAGGGGGUGAAGAAGAGAUAAAAAAAGAAAAGGAAGAAAGGCGGAGAGGGAGGGAGGGCGAGAGAGGGAGCCAAUUUAAAAAAAAGAGAAAGAUGUCAUCCCGUCGAUGGAAACGCCGAGGCGGAGCCGUGGACCGCGGCCGACCGGGAGCGCUCUAGUACGGGGACGAGCUGUACGCAACGCCGAGGCUUGGAACCCGACCCUGCGGCCUUUUCGGAGCUAUCGCAAAUAAAAGCCUCUUGAAGUGCUCCUGCUUCAUCUUCUGUAUAAAAUAAUCUCUAUUUUGCAUGCAAUUCACUGGAUUUUUAUUACAGUAGACAAAAGCAAAUUAAAAUUAAAAGGCACCAUUAAACCAUUAAGCAUGAUACCAACCAUUUUGUCGCAUUUACAGGAGCCUCCUGUCAGCGCCUGUUUACUGUCACUUUAGUUCAGCAGCUGAAUGAGUGCAGCUGAUUUCAGCUAAUCAGGACAUUUAAUCAGUAAUUAACAGCUGCGACACGCAGGCCGCAGAUUCUGUUUUCAUAGCCGCACUUGAAGCGUCUCCUCCCGGGCUCCGUCGCCUCCUCCUCCCGCCCCUCCUCGGUCCUCCUGGUUCUCCUCCAGCCGCAGGAUGGACACCUCCUGGAGCAAUUUCCUCUUUCAGACGCCGACGACUCAGAAUCAGCCGGAGACGCCUCUGCAGGCGGAGCUGCUGCCGGAUCUGACCGGUGCCGCUCAGAGUCCGCCGGCCGAACACAUCGUGGCGCCGCCGUCCACCGUCGACACGGCGGCUCUGAGUGAGGAGCCGCUGCCGGUCAAACCUCUGACCAAACCGACCCGUCCGGCCCACAUCUGCGCCACCUGCAACAAGGAGUUCAAGAACAGCUACAACCUGCGGCGGCACCAGUCGGUCCACACCGGCAUCAAGAUGAAGGACCGGGCGGCCCGGGAGAAGGAGGACGGAGCGAAGGCGGGUCGGCUGGAGAAGCAGACGGUGCCGCUGUCCCUCCUCCACCUCACCCUCCCCCCUCAGCCUCCCCCACAGCCCGCCACCGACACCCUCCCCCAGCCGGGCCAGCUCGCCAACCAGGAGGGCCAGCCGGUGUCCGUGUCCAUCGCCCCGGCAACCGUCACCAUGGCUGCGCCGCCUCAGCCCAUCCAAGCAGCUGUUGUUGUCGUCGGGUCCAUGGAGCAGAACCCAAACCCCGCCCCCAUCGCCAACACCAACCAGGUGAGGAAGAACCACGCCUGCGAAGCCUGCGGUAAGGCCUUCAGAGACGUCUACCACCUGAACCGGCACCGGCUGUCGCACUCGGACGAGAAGCCCUACUCCUGCCCCAUCUGCCAGCAGCGAUUCAAGAGGAAAGACCGGAUGAGCUACCAUGUCCGCUCGCACCAGGGCGGCGUCGAGAAGCCCUACGUCUGCCCGCACUGCGCCAAGGCCUUCUCCAGACCGGAUCACCUGAACAGUCACGUCCGACAGGUUCACUCCACAGAGAGACCCUUCAAGUGCACGACGUGCACGUCGGCGUUCGCCACUCGGGAUCGUCUUCGCGCUCACCUGAUUCGCCACGAAGAAAAGGUUCCGUGUCACAUCUGCGGGAAGCUGCUGUCGGCCGCCUACAUCACCGACCACAUGAGAGUCCACAACCAAUCACAGCACCACGCCUGCCACCUCUGCAACCGCAGCUUCACCACGCUCACCUACCUGCGGGUCCACGCCCAGAAGCACCACGGUCAGGAGUGGAAGGAAAGCGGCGGCGCUCGGGGCGGUUUCGGCGGGACCGGUGCCGGCGGCGUGCUGCUCUGUCAGCUCUGCGGAGUUCAGUGCAAGACGGCCACGCAGCUGCAGGGUCACAUGGGCACCCACGCCAACCAGGGCGACCCGGGCCCCGACCCGACCAGCGCCGGGCCCGUCGGCACCACCAGCGUGGCCGUCACCGUGUCCAGCGCCAGCACAGUGGGACUGCUGGUUACUGACUGCUCCAGUAUCGCCCCCCAGCCCCACAGCUAGCUGGGAGGGCCGGGGGAGCCGGGGAGGGACGGGUGGGACCAGGUGGGACCAGGUGGGACCGGGGAGGAGGCAGCAGCUAAGAGACGUGGAGGAAACUGAGCAGCCGGUCCAGAUCAUUUGUGCCACAGGUGGACACCGGUCAGGAGAACCUGCCUGGACGUUUGAUUCCAUGUCGUUUUGUUCUGGUUCAGCAGUCGAUCUGCCUCCAGCACCCACAGACUCACACUUUCUGUACAAACUGUACGACGUCCUGCAGAGCCGAGGAAGGACGGACGGACGGCAACCAAGCCUCUGUUUGUUCAUAAAGGAGGAAAAUUAAUGUGUAUUUUUAUUCUUCUGGCUUAGCGACUAGCUGUCAUCAUUUCAUGGUUUUGAUUUCCAGCGCAGCCGCUCAUGAUUUUGUAAAGCUGUUUUUAUAACCCAUGAUAUCAGUGUUUGUUUCUGAUGAGGACCUGCAGACCUCAGUGACUUACAGUGAAUACUAAAAGGAUUCACCACCCUGGGUGCUUUUGACUUUUAUUGCUUUUCAACAUUGAGUCAUGGUCAACUUAAUUUGUCUUUAUUGACAAAGAUUUACAAAAAAAAAAAAAAAAACAGUCUUUCAUGUUAAAGGGAAAACAUCUCUACAAAGUAAUGUAAAUUAAUUAAAAAUGUAAAAUC